AAGUGCGAGCCUAGACAAUGCUUCCGGACUAAAGCUGUGUUCGAUUGCACGUGUUCAUCAAAAACAAACGGACAAACGUUUGCGGCAAAUCCUUAGUCAAAUCCAGAAAACAUUUAGCACCCAGCAGGAAACAGAACCAUUUAAAAGAGAGAGGAGAAAUGAACACGUCUUCGUAAAUACAACGAGAAAUCAAAAUCGUUUUUACCUGAAUACAUAUCAAGUUCUGGGCUUCGGAUAAUAAGUCUAGAAGAUGAAGGAAGGAAAUGGACACAUCGUUACCCUUCCUGGCCAGAGAAUAUGCGAGGCAACGAGUAGUCAUGUGGCAGGGGAAGGAACUUAUAUAUUCAACAAGUACAUCUACGCAUCGCAGGCUGGAAGAGUGAUUGUGGAGCCAAGGGGGGGUCUGCAGGUGGUGAAGGUGUCUUUGGGACUCCAAGGGACAUUAAUGCCAGAGGUUGGAAGUAUUGUCACAUGCCGAGUCCUAACGGUGAAUCCAAACCAGGCCUCCGUAUCAAUUCUCUGUGUGGGAUUCCAUCUGCUGCAUACUCCAGUGUCAGGAACAGUCAGGAAACAGAAUGUUCGCGAUCAUCAAAUAGACUUGGUGGAGAUGUACAACUGUUUUAGACCCAAUGACAUUAUCCUGGCAACUGUACUUUCUCUCGGUGAUGUAAGAAAUUAUGAACUAUCAACUGCUGGCACAGAACUAGGGGUUGUCACAGCCUAUUGCGAAGAAGGACAUCCUCUUGUUCCAGCCUCGUGGACACGAAUGAAGUGUAAAUGUCGUUCUGAAUCAAGAAAAGUGGCAAAAGUUGUUCCACCGAAAAACAAUUAAAGUAUUUUUGUUAUUGCUAUUUUAUAUUACUUCAGAAAUAAUUUUGUAUUUUUUUUUUGAGGGAAACAUUCUGAAUUAGGAAAUAUUUGAGGUGAUUAAUUAUUAUUAUUUUUUAUUAAAGACAAUUGAAAGCUAAUAUGUAUACCCCCAGCUGAUAAAUAAAGAUUUCCAUCUGUG